AUGGGGGACGGGAGGGGGACGGGACGGGGGGGCGGGACGGGGGACGGGAUGGAGGACGGGAGGGGGACAGGAGGGGGACGGGACGGGGGGGACGGGGACGGGGGGGGACGGGGAGGGGGACGGGGGGGGGACGGGGGACGGGACGGGGACGGGGGGGACGGGGGGGGACGGGAGGGGGACGGGACGGGGACGGACGGGGGACGGGAGGGGGACGGGGACGGGGACGGGAGGGGGACGGGAGGGGGACGGGACGGGGACGGGGACGGGGGACGGGAGGGGGACGGGACGGGGACGGGGGGACGGGGGGGGACGGGAGGGGACGGGACGGGGACGGGAGGGGGACGGGGGGACGGGGGACGGGGACGGGACGGGGGGUUUGAAUAG